GCAUAAACGAAUCUGACCACAAACAAGGCUAACCGUCUAAAGACUUCAAGGAAAUAAUAACAAGAAUUCCAAUAAUGGCUUGCAAAGGUUGCGGAGCUAACUGCAAAUGCACGGACAGCAAGUGCGGCGACAACUGUUCCUGCAACAAGGACUGCAAGUGCGUUUGCAAAAAUGGACCAAAGGAUCAGUGCUGCAAGAACAAGUAGAUUAAUCGAUUGAUCAAAUUAAAAAACCAAUAAAUAAAUGUUGGUCCCUAAACCUCUAGCAAAAAACACA